AUGGCACUCUGGCAGCUUGCUCUUUCGGCUCUUCUCACCUUUGCGGUUGCUCAACCAGGCAAGCACUUUUAAAAGAGCUUUUUUUUUAAAGUUAUAAACUGAAUCUAUUCAGGUCCCAAAAUGGUUGAUGAGACUACCCGCUGGAGCCAGUGUAAGGACACCAACCAAUCCAUUUACGACUUCCAGGUGCAGUACCAUCACUCGGUUCCUUGAACAUUUCUGGAGUUUAGGUAGAAACCCUCCAAGGCGAAUACACGGAUCUCAGCCAAUACCGCGGACAGGUGCUUCUCAUGGUCAAUGUCGCGACUUUCUGCGGUAAGCUUGCAUCAUUCAAGUUUUCCAUCUUUCGCGUCUGAGGAUUUCUGCAAAACCAUUCGCAAAAACCAUAUCAUUUUUCAUAGAAACUUGGUCAAACGGAUAGAGAGAUAUGAUGAUAUGAAUCUAGAUUCCGUGUUGAGAAGUGACACAUUCCAUGAUUAGUGUCUGAACAGUUGAAUGGCUAACGCGUUUGGCGCCAUUCGGACGCUUUUUUGAUUUUAGCGUACACGCAACAGUACACCGACUUUAACCCUCUGAUCGAGAAGUAUCAGUCCCAAGGAUUUACUCUGAUCGCCUUCCCAUGCAACCAAUUCUACCUUCAGGUACUGAAACAAAAAGCAGAACUUAUCAAAAUCUGAAAUAAUCUGUUUUUUCAAGGAGCCAGCUGAGAACCACGAACUGAUGAACGGAAUCAUGUACGUGCGGCCUGGAAACGGAUGGAAGCCACACCAGAACUUGCACAUUUACGGAAAGCUCGACACCAACGGAGACAACCAGCAUCCAAUCUACGAGUUUGUCAAGGUCAGUCAAGGGUACCCACAAAGGGUUACAGUCAAUAGGGAGGCAAAGGGUCAUUCCAUCGUCUUGGCAUCGCCAAGGUCGAACAACAACAAUAGACGCCAAGGGGGCAAGAACACAACAAAGAGUGGCAUUGUGUUCAGUUCCAAUCGGCCGGGGCGAGUAGAUGGUCUUCCUCUUUCCUCCUUCCUCCCUUCUCAAGAUCAUGCAUAAAGUUUUGCAGGAGUCUUGCCCACAAACAGUUGACAAGAUCGGAAAGACCGACGAAUUGAUGUACAACCCAAUCCGUGCAUCCGACAUCACCUGGAACUUUGAAAAGUUCCUCAUCGACAGAAACGGACAGCCACGAUUCCGCUUCCACCCGACCGCCUGGAGCCACGGAGACGUUGUGACCCCGUUCAUCGAGCAACUCUUGGCCGAGCCAGCUAACUAA